CUUUUGCAAAAGUUUUCCUUCUCUCUUAGUAAUAUUUGCAACAACAAAUUCUCAUCAUAUUCACCACUUUCUCUCUUUCUCUCUCACUCUUUUCCUCUGUACAAUUCUCUACACUGCACCUUUUCUGGCUUCUAUUUCUCUAUCUCAAUUCUCGAGUUCUUGGAAUCUUGUUUCUUCAAUGGAGAUCAUCAACCCAAUUCAGCUUUUCCAUCAUCUUCUACUCUUUAUUGCAGCGUUCGCUUCAGUUUCCAUAGCGGAGCAAGGCGUUGGUGCCUCCAUUAAAACAGAUGCUGCAGGACUUCUUAUGUUCAAGAAAAUGAUAGAGAAAGACCCAAAUGGAGCUCUGUCAGGUUGGCAACUUAAUAAUAGGAGCCCAUGUGCCUGGUAUGGAGUUUCUUGCUCACUUGGCAGAGUGACUCAGCUUGAUCUUACUAAGAAAAAUCUUGCUGGGAUUAUAUCUUUUGAUCCUUUAGCUUCUCUUGAUAUGUUAUCUUCUUUGAAAUUAUCUUUCAAUUCAUUUAUUGUAAAUUCAACUUCUUUGCUUAAUCUUCCAUCUGCACUGCAAAAUCUUGAAUUAUCUUCUGCUGUGCUUGUAGGUGGGAUUCCUGAGAAAUUAUUUUCCAAGAAUCCAAAUCUUGUUUUUGUAAAUCUUUCUCAUAAUAAUUUGACAGGUUCUUUACCUGAUGAUCUUUUCACCAAUUCCGAUAAAUUACAAGCCCUUGAUCUUUCUUAUAACAACUUCACAGGCUCAAUUCCUUUUAAAAUUGAAAAUUCUUGCAACUCUUUGUUGCAACUUGAUCUAUCAGGAAAUCAUUUAAUAAAUUCAAUUCCUGCUUCUCUCUCAAACUGCACAAGUCUCAAGAAUUUGAAUCUUUCUUUCAAUAUGCUUACGGGGGAGAUUCCAAGAUCUUUUGGUGAACUUACUAAUUUACAAAUACUGGAUCUUUCUCAUAAUCAUCUUACAGGUUGGAUUCCGAAUGAGUUAGGAAAUGCUUGUAGUUCACUUGUUGAGCUUAAGCUUUCUUUUAACAACAUUUCAGGAUCCAUUCCUGGCUCUUUAUCUUCUUGUUCUUGGCUACAGCUUCUUGAUUUGUCCAACAACAAUAUUUCAGGUCUUUUUCCAGAUUCUAUCCUUCAAAAUCUCAGUUCAUUGGAAAGAUUGUUGUUAAGUUACAAUCUGAUAUCUGGAUCCUUUCCUGCUUCCAUUUCAUAUUGUAAAAAUUUAAGAAUUGUGGAUCUCAGUUCAAAUAAAUUUUCUGGUGUUAUCCCACCUGACAUAUGUCCAGGUGCAGCUUCUCUUGAGGAGCUAAGAAUGCCAGAUAAUUUAAUCAUUGGAGAAAUUCCUGCCCAAUUAUCACAAUGUUCGAAUCUAAAGACUCUUGAUUUUAGUAUAAAUUAUCUAAAUGGGUCAAUCCCCCCUGAGCUUGGUAAGCUUGAGAAUCUUGAGCAGCUCAUAGCCUGGUUUAAUGGGUUGGAAGGGAAAAUUCCAGCAGAAUUAGGGAAUUGCAGGAACCUGAAAGAUCUAAUUCUGAAUAAUAAUCACCUUACUGGUGAAAUUCCAGUUGAGUUAUUCAGUUGCAGCAAUCUUGAAUGGAUAUCUCUUACAAGCAAUCAAAUCUCAGGCAAAAUCCCAAGCGAAUUUGGCCUUUUGUCAAGAUUAGCUGUUUUGCAACUUGCAAAUAACAGCUUGAGUGGAGAAAUACCAAUAGAGCUUGGAAAUUGCAGCAGCUUGGUUUGGCUGGACCUUGGAAGCAAUAAACUUACAGGAGAAAUCCCACCUCGACUUGGCCGUCAGCUUGGAGCAAAAGCAUUAGGUGGAAUCCCAUCUGGAAAUACUUUAGUGUUUGUAAGAAAUGUUGGGAAUUCCUGUCAAGGUGUGGGAGGUUUAUUGGAAUUUGCAGGUAUUAGACCUGAAAGAUUGUUGCAGGUACCAACACUGAAGACUUGUGAUUUUACAAGAUUGUAUUCAGGACCAGUCCUUAGCCUUUUUACACAAUAUCAAACUUUGGAGUACCUUGAUCUUUCUUACAAUCAGCUUCGAGGGAAGAUUCCAGAUGAAAUGGGAGAUAUGAUGGCUUUACAAGUUCUUGUAUUAUCUCAUAAUCAGUUAGCAGGAGAAAUUCCCGCAUCACUUGGUCAGCUAAAGAAUUUGGGUGUGUUUGAUGCAUCACAUAACAGAUUACAAGGCCAAAUUCCUGAUUCAUUUUCAAACCUGUCUUUCUUGGUUCAAAUUGAUCUUUCUUAUAAUGAAUUAACAGGAGAAAUUCCACAAAGAGGGCAACUUAGUACACUCCCAGCGACACAAUAUUCACAUAAUCCUGGAUUAUGUGGAGUUCCAUUGUCUGAAUGUCAUGGUGGAAAUGGUCAAGCAACAACUAGUCCAACUGUGGAUGGUAGCAGAACCGACAGGAAAACUUCAGCUGCAUCAUGGGCUAAUAGUAUUGUUUUAGGGAUUCUCAUUUCAGUUGCUUCUCUAUGUAUUCUGAUUGUAUGGGCAGUAGCAAUGCGUGUAAGGCAUAAGGAAGCAGAGGAAGUGAAAAUGCUUAAUAGCCUGCAAGCGUCUCAUGCAGCCACAACAUGGAAGAUUGACAAAGAGAAAGAGCCUUUAAGCAUCAAUGUAGCUACUUUUCAAAGGCAACUAAGGAAACUAAAAUUCUCUCAACUAAUUGAAGCUACGAAUGGAUUCUCUGCGGAAAGUCUUAUAGGUUGUGGUGGGUUUGGUGAAGUGUUCAAGGCCACAUUGAAGGAUGGAUCAAGUGUUGCUAUUAAAAAGCUGAUAAGAUUGAGCUGUCAAGGAGAUCGCGAAUUCAUGGCUGAAAUGGAAACACUAGGGAAGAUAAAGCAUAGAAAUCUUGUACCUUUAUUGGGUUAUUGCAAAAUUGGUGAGGAAAGACUUCUUGUGUAUGAAUUCAUGGAGUAUGGAAGCCUUGAAGAAAUGCUUCAUGGAAGAGUAAGGAGUCGAGACAGGCGAAUUCUAACAUGGGAUGAAAGGAAAAAGAUUGCCAGAGGUGCAGCUAAAGGACUUUGUUUCUUACAUCAUAAUUGCAUACCACAUAUUAUACAUAGAGACAUGAAGUCAAGCAAUGUACUUUUAGACCAUGAAAUGGAAGCAAGAGUUUCCGAUUUUGGAAUGGCAAGACUUAUAAGUGCAUUAGACACUCAUCUUAGUGUAAGCACACUUGCUGGCACACCUGGCUAUGUACCUCCUGAGUACUACCAAAGCUUCAGAUGCACCGCAAAAGGCGAUGUAUAUUCUUUCGGAGUUGUACUGCUCGAACUCCUGACAGGAAAACGCCCAACUGAUAAAGAUGAUUUUGGUGAUACAAAUUUGGUAGGGUGGGUUAAACUCAAAGUAAGAGAAGGGAAACAAAUGGAAGUCAUAGAUCAAGAAUUGCUCUCUGUCACUAAAGGAACUGAUGAAGCUGAAGCAGCAGAAGUUAAAGAAAUGGUUAGGUACUUGGAGAUUUCAUUGCAGUGUGUUGAUGAUUUUCCCUCCAAGAGGCCUAACAUGUUGCAAGUUGUGGCUAUGUUAAGAGAAUUAAUGCCUGGAUCAGCUAAGGGAAGCAGCAACAGUGCUUGAAAUUAAUGAUUAGUGUAAGAUGAUAGUUUAAUUAAGCUUUUUCAAGAUUUUUAAUUAUAUUGAGCUUUUCAGAGUUCUUCUUCUGUAUCUAAUGUUUUCAAUUUUUGCUUUGUUCAUUACUUCCUAACAGUAAAUCAUGAGCAUGUUUAAUUAAUUAAUUAAUUAUCCCCUUUUCUUUAAA